AUGUAUCCCCAACAUGGUGCUCCCAUGGCACCGCCUCAGAAGCCUGAGACGUUUAUGCUUUCGAGCGAAGCCCAACAGAGCCUCCCUCAUGAUGCGCAAGUCGCACUGCAGCAAGUUGACAACCUGAAAUACUUCCUCCUCUCGGCCCCGGUGGACUGGCAACCGGAUCAGCUUAUCAGACGGUUCCUGCUACCAACUGGCGACUACAUCUCAUGCGUUCUCUGGAGCAACCUCUUCCAUAUCUCGGGUACCGAUAUCGUCAGAUGCCUUGCAUUCCGAUUCCAAGCCUUUGGCCGCCCUGUCAAGAAUUCCAAGAAAUUUGAGGAGGGAAUCUUCUCAGAUCUCCGUAAUCUCAAGGCCGGCACCGAUGCGACCCUUGAGGAGCCGAAGAGCCCGUUCCUAGACUUCCUUUACAAGAACAACUGCAUCCGUACGCAGAAGAAACAGAAAGUCUUUUAUUGGUACAGCGUCCCGCAUGAUCGGCUGUUUCUCGACGCGCUGGAACGUGACCUGAAGCGGGAGAAGAUGGGACAGGAGGCGACCACCGUUGCGGUCAGCGAGCCCGCUCUGUCUUUCGAGUUUGAUUCAUCCCAGUCACUGUAUGAACAGCUCACAAAGGCGCAACAAGCAAAUUCAUCUUCGUUUGCUGCACACGCAAGUACGACAUAUGGCCAACCCGCAUCCCCAGUGGUUCGGACCGUUGACGCUAUGCCUCCUCCCCAGAUGGCUCCUCAGAUGGCUCCCCCAGCGUUAGCCCUUCUCCCGGACGAGUCUGGCAACCCCGCCAUGUACAGCCAGAUCCCAAUGCCGAAUCCUCUAGCUCAGAACGUUGUUAAGCGCGAGCCGGAUUAUGGGCAGAUUCACUAUGAUCGCAACGGAAUGCCGAUUGCUCGCAUACACCAACGUCACGCUUCCAUGCCCACCUUCGUCGAAUAUUCGCCGGCUCCGUCGUUUGUUUCGUCGCAGUAUGAAGACUACAGCAACCGGGGUUUAUCCUUCGAGCCCGUCACGCCUCCACAGCACAGUGCACAACUUGGGGCCGAACCAGCUUAUAUUGCCAACGAGGAUACCGGCCUCUACACUGCCAUCCCCGAGGUGUCUUCCUCGGGUGCCUUCAACCCAAUGAUGCAUAUGCCCACCUCCAACCUUGCAAGCGCGCAUUUCCCGACCCCUGCGAGAACAUUUCACUCCAACGUUUACUCGGUCCUUGAGGGUUCGCCGACAUACAAGCAGCGGCGACGCCGUUCUUCCAUCCCCCCAGGGGCCCCCAGCGCAAUCCCUACGUCGACACCCUCCCAGGUGACUGGACCACCCGCCCAGCCUAUCUCCUAUGCCGCCCAUAGGCCAAGCGAUCUUCGACGAUCUGUCUCUAGCUCUGUGGCGCCGGUCAUCGAGGCCGAUGAAUCGCAGCACACCACCCGCCGCGUCAUGAAUGGUUACCCGACCACUACUCUCCCGCAGAAAAACUUGCUGCAUGAGAUAUCGCGUAAUGGUGCCCCGCUAUCUAGCCUUGACGAGAAUGCCGAGCAACAUAAUCUAUCCCUUGCAACCCCUGCCGACGAGCUUACUGCUCUGCCCAAUGGCGACGCUUUGGAGACCGCUGUUCAGCACAGUGCCACGAACAAGGCGGAGCGUUACGCGCCUGGACCCGUUCGUCGUGCCCGAAGUGCCACCAUGAUGGAACUUGGGCCAUACCCCCAAAAGUCUCACUCUUGUCCAAUCCCGUCGUGCGGGCGGCUCUUCAAGAGAUUAGAGCAUUUGAAGCGACACGUGAGAACCCACACUCAGGAACGGCCCUAUCCUUGUCCAUACUGCAACAAAGCCUUUUCACGAUCGGACAAUCUCGCGCAACAUCGUCGAAUUCACGAGGCCCAACAGGAUGGUCAGCCCCCACUCCCUGUCCCGGAAGAUGACCUGGAGAACGAGGAGAACGAGUUCAACUCCCACGAUGAAGGCUCUUCGCCUUCCGAGUCCGUGCCGAGCACUAUGAUCAAUGCUCCCAACAUGGUCUCGAUGCCUCCUGCCAUGACCAUGCCUCCUACUAUGCAUCCAAUGGUGGCACCUCAUAUGAUUGCUCCCCAACUCUUGCAGCAGCAGAUUUAA